AUGGCCAUUCAAUGUAUCAAUGAGCAUUCAGGCUUCUUCUCUUUAUUAAUAAGGGCGAAGCGAAAGGAUGAGUGUCAGUCUCUGGCUGGGGGAUCAGCAGACAGCUGGGCUACUGCACCACCACCACCUGCUGCACGUGCAGCCAAGAUGUCCUCUGACACAGCUGCUGGAGAUGAGACGGAGAGUCUGCAGCCUCCCGGACUCCUUCAGCCUAUUUGUACAUCACUAAACACGUCAGUUAAUCCUGCUGUCUCUCAAGAAUCCUUAGCAGCCACCCAAGAAGCACCGUUUUAUAAUCACGAUGAUGAAGUUAAGCGAAAGGACAAUAACGAGUGUUGUCUCAUGAUUGUAAACAGUUACUCGCUGGCGCCGAGUGAGACUAUGUUACCAUCUGAGAACAACAGUAAUUCUCAUGACGUAGUCAGUGUUGUAGCAAUAACAACCAGUGAGACUGAUGGCAGCGAUAGUUCAGUAUGUAUUCUUGAGGAGCAGGUAGAGGCUGGUACUAAGCAUGUCGCAGGAGAAAAUAAGGCCAUUGCAAAAUCUUGUUCUGCUGCUCGUGAGAGUGUAAAUAUAUUAGAGAUUCCUCAGAGAAACCUCCACAAGGCGCCGAGAAAAUCGAUUUUUGACACUAGUAGUGAUUAUAAUGUCAGAGAGAUUGAAAUUGUGACUCAAGAAGAAAGGUGUGACUUCAACACUCCCACGUCUUGUAAGGAGGGAAAUGGACUUCUUUUUUCUAACAAGAAUUCCAGAUUUCCAGAUUCUGAGAGGAGUAAUAGCCCAGUAUAUCAUAAGGAAGACGUCUGUGAUCAAAGUUUUCGUAAACAAAUAGAUACAUACAAAAAUAGGAAGAGAUAUUCUCUUGGAGAAUACAGGUAUCCAAAACUUACCCAAAAUACCAUUUUUAAUGAAAGAAUUGAAGAAAUGAGCUACAGAAUAGAGCAGUGCCGAUACCCAAUACCCCAAGCUACACCUGUAAGUGAUGAAGUGUUAAGGGAAACGGCUUUCAAGAACAGUGUCUCAUCGAAACCUGGAACCAAUCAUCGUAAAAACUUCCGGAGAGUAUUUGUACAGGAGAACAGUUGUCAGGAUCGUAGGUUUUACGAGAAUAUGGGCGCUGAAAAUACAAUAUCUGAUACACCCUCGACCAGAGUUCAGCCAUGUAGUUCGCAGGGCUAUAUCGAUAUGAUUACGUGUGAUCGAACGCAUAUACCAACUGCUACCGCUGUCAGUGGUGCAUUUAUUUACAACUAUAAACGACGCUCUAUUGUUUUAAACACUAAGGAUAACCAUAGAUAUACUGUGGCUCCUAAACAAAGACAAAAAGCUAUUUAUAAUGUGUCUCAGGGCUCGUAUCUAGACUGUUUAUUGUCAAAGAAGGAGUUAACUUUGCUUGAUGAUGUUCUGGGCAGUAUAGUAAAUAUACAAAAGAGCAGGCCACAAGGGUGUCCAUCAAACAGUUCUUCUAGGCAAUUUUUAGGACAUGAAAAGCAUGAUGGAAAGGACGUCCCAGCGUGGGAAAAGCAUUCAGGAACACAGGUGCCAGCAUUGGACAAACACCCAAGUGCAGUACUAGAAGAGCCUGAGUGUUGGCCGAGUAUGCAAUAUGCAAGAACUAAAUUGGAUAAUUUAAUUAUUUCAUCAGUCUACACUGUUAACAGCGCCUGUGACAAUGAGUGUGUCAACGAAAAAGAGCUUGCAACUUCAGCUAAUUCUCAGCAUUCUUUGGGGAAUUAUGUCAGCAGUUCCCAAGCAGAUGAGAAAGUACAUUGUAAUCGACACCUUGAGAAUGAAACAUGUAAGUCCCAAAAAGUUAAAGGAGUUGUCAGUCCAACAAGAAAGAGGACUGAAGAAGAUGAUGUGAGUCCUAGUGGCAGUAAGGAGACGCUUGUGGAUGCCUCUCCAAGAUGGCAAUUAGAACAGUGUCCCUUACUGAGUUGCAGUGUUUUCUCUGGACAUGAAGCAGUUUAUGAGAUUGACCUUUCAUUGCUAGAAAAUUGGCAGGACCAGAUACCUCUGGUGGCUGUGGAUGUGGUAUCAGGAUACCAUAUAGUCAUCCCUAUUGAGCUGGCUCGUCGCAUCCCAAUCCCGUGGGAUAUUAUUCUAGGAACGAGUGAGAGCAAGAAUCCUGCUGGUUGCUGGGAGAAUACUAUCCCUGGCAAGAAAAACUGUAUAGCUUCCUCCUCCUCUAGAUCGUCAUCAUCAUCUUUAUCAUCAUCAAGGUAUCAAAAGACAGUGUGGAAGAAGUGCAGUGAUCGUCCUCAAAAGCGACAAAAGUCGGGUCGGUGGCACUUCUCACCAACGUCGAAGUCUUGUAAACAAAGCACUCAUCGAAGACGCCAGCAUCCUGCCUCGUGUACUGACAGAGGCCAGAGGGGGCUGAGCACCACCUCCAGUAAAAAGUUACCACGAAGAGGUAAGCGUUUGUUAAAAUUAAGAAAGCGAAUUAUAACUUGUUCCAGCUAUUCCUCAAGUGUCUCAGAUAGUCACUCUUCCAGUCUUAAGAAGUCUUGUAGUUCUUCUAAAUCGCGACGAAAGAUCAGUAAACCGCUCAAAAGAAAACCCAGUAAUCUGGAUGCCCUGCAAUCAAGAGACUAUCCUACUGUCAAUAAGAGAGAAUGCACAGCCAAGUGGGUGGCUGAAGAUAAUAAACUGAUUGCGGCAAACCUGCGCACGAAGAUUGUGACUUGUGCAGUGUGCCACACAAUGGUGGAGAGUGCACAGUCUGCUGCCCAGCACCACAAGGCUCAGCACGGCACCAUCACCACCUGCCCCAUGUGUCCUGCCUCCUUACAUCCCACUGCUGUAUUUCUUCACCUCAAGCGCCAUUACAUGGGCAUAUUUCAUAAAACAACGAAGUCAAACACUUAA